AUGCCUGUAUAUGCUCACCAACCGGAAUUCAACGAGUAUUUACAUCGCAAAAAAGGCAGGAAGGCGCAAAUGCUCCGAUCGAGCGCCCUGCUCCACGGCAUUGAUUACCAGGGGUUAAGCACAGCUGGAAUCUUGCGACAUGACGACAAGGAGCCGCAGCCCGAUGUGAAAGACAAUGAAAAUGUGCCACCUUCGGAGAGUAAGGGGCCGCCAGGCGACGACAAGCCUCCGAAUAAAGACGAACCACAGUCAAACUCACGGUGGUGUCGGAGCGACACGGUGUUUAUAAGCGCUUCUGAGUUAACGACCUUCAAUAUGUUCGCUCUGUCUCUGUUGUCCCUAUUGAUAAUUUGGCACAUAAUUCUCGCCUUGAAGCCGCGUGACACCAACAGCGGUUAUGAGGUUAUAGGGCAGGCUUCUCCGUCGACUGUGGUUGACCCUGAAGAAUACAAGGGUACACUAAACCAAGAGGGAUAUUCGCACACCGCACCAGGGAAAUUCCUCAUCAAGUGCAUGUUCAUGUACACCGCCAUUUGCCAGGUAGCAGUGCUUGCACUCACAUGCAACGAAAUGUGCAUCCCGCUUGUAGACGGCGUAGCACACUGGGAGAUACGCGCGAAACCGUUUGUGGUUUCCUGGUUUAUUGGUUUUCUGACACUCUUCACCUAUUUCGUCGUCCGCAAUACCUACAUCGGCAAGCGCAUGUUCAUGGUCCCUGCGCCACUACACUCAUGUGAAUAUGUGCUAAUCAUAGACAAUGCAAAUACAAGCAACCCCAGCGAACAGGAUGUCUUGAGGUCGAUGGUAGACUGGUGCUGCAGCGUGGCGGCUUUUAUGAAGCUCAACCUCAACAUACCGGACAGCGUGCUCAAGGCUACACUCGACAAGUACAAGGAUGCAGCGGCACACAUAUACGUGAAGGUUAUCGAUUCCGAAAACGAACGAUACUUCCAUUACCAGUGCGUGAAGUACACGUACAACUCGGAGCUCGGCAUAUUUGUAGAUGCCACCGCCACGGUCUCGGCCUAUCUUAGAAACACCAACCUCACCGACUUGUUGGAUAAGGGAGGACUGACUGAGGCUGAGUCUUUCAGGCGCACGCUGACUAUAGGGAAAAACAUCAUCCCAGUCCAGUCGCUGUCGUUCUCGAUGCUGCUCUAUCGCGAAAUCUCUGAUCCGGUCUUUUUCUUGCAAUUGUACCUCACAAUCAAAAGCAUCUACUGGAAGAGCAUCAUCACCGCACCGAUCUGGGGUUUCAUGGUAUUGUACACUAUUGUGAAGAAGGUGAAAAUUAUCAACGAUCAACAGAAUGAUCUCCACCGUCUCGCCACUGCCGCAUCUAAUACAACAGUCACCGUUCUACGGGAAAACAUGACUAAGACGGUGCACGCAUCGGACCUUGCCGUAGGGGAUAUCGUAAGGGUACAGUCAGAUUGGGAGGUACCGAGCGAUAUGGUGAUGCUUAGGGGAGAUGUUAUAGUAGAUGAGAGUUCCAUCACCGGCGAGUCGAUACCGUUGCGCAAGUGCAGGCUCAGCGUUGACCAGUACGGAUAUUCGCUGUCUACAUUCGAUUUCAACCUUUCAAUGGACGGCGCAGGCAAAAAGCAAUUGUUUGAGAAGGGCGUCACCGAGCACCUUCUCAAAGCUGGUACGCGGAUAAUUUCAGUUGUCGGAAACGAAGAAAUAGCUGCCUCCGCGGUGGCUGUAGUUAUAGCCACAGGUGUAUACACGACAAAGGGAAAGCAGAUGAAGGGGGUCCUAUUCCCCAACCAGUUCCGGUUGAAGUACGACACGCAGCUGCCCAUGGUCUUCAUACUCACCUUCAUAUACGCAUUAGUGUGCUCUUCGUACCAGAUACGAUUCCUGGGCUGGAAUAUGAUUUCACUAUUCUACUGCUUGGGCACACUAUCGCAGGUUGCGCCGGUGUGGGCCAGUGCCGUGAUGUCCAUAGGGCAAAGCCGUGCUUGCGAGCGCCUGGCGCAAUCGGACUCCAUUUGCUGCAUUGCGCCAUCAAGAAUCGCAAUAUUCGGCAAAUUGAGGGUCAUGUGCUUCGACAAAACAGGAACACUGACCAACAACGCCCUUGUGUUUGAUGGCCUCAUGAUGACUUCUAGAAACAAAAAGAAGACAGUCUCGCUGUCGCCGGAAGACGUUAUGAACACCAUCAACGGCAUCCAGAACACGGUUCAGUUAUCGACAAGGAAGGAUGAGGAGACCAAGCGUCAAAUUUUAACCCUGGCAAUGGCUACGUGCCACUCCCUAUUUCCGCAUGAUGGCGACAGUGAACACCUAGGCAACCAGGUGGACAAAUCUAUGUUCCACGCAACUGGAUGUAUGGUGGAGCAAUUCAUCGACUCGGACGGUAACACAAGACGGUACAUAAGGUGUCCAAGUAACCGUGACCUCGUAUUAGAAGUCCUGCGAACCUUUGACUUCCAUUACCAGAAGAAGUUGUCAUCCAUUGUUGUUUCCGUGAAAUCCAAAGACUCCGACAAAGGCAGCAUCUUCGUAUUUGUGAAAGGCGCUUACGAAAAUGUGGUGGCGUGUUCAACAGGUAGCUUUGUGGAGCUCGACAGGCUAGCCAAGAGGCAGUCGGAAUCCGGCAGCUAUGUUCUUGGCAUAGGAUACAAAAUCAUCCCAGAGGAUGAAAUUAUCGCAAAGCGUGAAUCGAUAGAAUCGAAACUCACUAUGGGGGGUCUGCUUGUAUUCAACAACUCCGUGCGCGCGGAGAGUGCGUCGGUAGUGGCCAAACUUCAAGAAGCCAAAGUGCGCCCUGUUAUAUUGACCGGAGAUAAUGUGCCGGCAUCGCAAUUCGUCGCAAAGUCGUUGGGGAUGUUUGGCGAGGCUUGCGCACCUGGGCCCAACGCCGAACUAAUUGAUGACAACCUGGUGUGGCAUUUCCCGCAAAAUGCAAUCGACGAGGAAACACUUUACUUUGGAACUGAUUGUGACAACCUGUCCAUCACUGGUGACGCGUUUGACCGUAUAGAGGAUGAUUGGGAAAACAUCCUGAAAGUUUACGAUCGGUGGACGACGAACAAGACCGCCAACGAGAACCUGUUCGAGCAGUUCCUUUUGAGGGUACGCAUUUUUGCACGACUGAAUCCUCACCAAAAAGUCCGUGUCAUCAAUGCAUUCAAAAGGCUCGGCAUAAUAACUGGAAUGUGUGGCGACGGCACAAACGACUGCCUGGCGCUUCAAGCGUCUCAUGCUGGAGUCUCUCUCACAAAUGUAUGUCUCGCUUACCGAAUAACCUUACGUAUUUUAGGGAACUGCGUCUAUGGUUGCGCCAUUCACCUCGAAGAACAACACACUGCAGUCGGUGAUAACUCUGAUAAGGUGAGCAAAAGAAUUAUCACCUGUAUGCAUUUUCAACGCAGGGAAGGCAGAGGCUCCCUGGUGACGUCGCUAGCGUGCUUCAAGUUCAUGCUUCUGUUCGGACUCAUGAUAGCAUUGGUGAAAGUAUUCUUGUUUAAAAUGUGCCGCGGCGUGAUGCCCGAAUGGGGUUACCUUCUCUUGGAAAAUGCUAUCCUCCUCAGCCUGAGCCACACCAUGGCUCUGUCCAGGUACUGA